AUGACCGGAAUCGGGCCUAAGCAAGUGGGCUUGGGUGAGGGCCGUCUGGAAUCUAUUUCAGGCUCGAGGCCCCUCGCACGCAUAGGGCCCAACGAGCUCCUCUGCACCGACCCAGACUCGCUGCGCAAGAUGUCGGCCGUCCGCUCACCGUACACCAAGGGCAACUUCUACGACUCCGGCCGGAUCACUCCGGGCGUAGAUAAUGUCGUCUCGAUGCGUGAUGAGAAAGAACACAAGGCUAUGAGGGCGAGAAUGGGGCCGGCCUACACCGCCAAAGAGAACGAAGGUUAUGGCUUUGAAAUCGGUAUCGACCGCCAGCUCAUGAAUUUUGUCCGCUUGAUAGACCGGCAUUACGUUUCUACCGACUCGGAAUUUCGUCCGCUGGAUCUCGCCGAGAAAACACAGUUCUUUGCGCUCGACGCCAUUGGCGAUGUCUCCUUCGGUGGCGCAUUCGGGUUUCUUACAGAGGACAGGGACCUGUUUCGGUACAUCGAGAUCAACGAGUCGUCAUUACCGAUCAUGAAUGUCGUCUCGGUGCUUCCUUGGCUUGGAAGACUUGUUCAUAAGUGGCCUUUCAGGCUCAUGUUACCCAAGGAGGGCGACCAAAUCGGCUUUGGUCGUUUGAUGGGCUUCGCUAGAAAUUACGCUGAAAUGAGACUUCAACCCGGCGCGAAGCCCCAGAAAGACAUGAUGCAGGCUUUCAUCAACCAAGGUCUUGGUAAAGAUGAACUCAUCCAACUUGUGAUUGCCGGCACAAACUCGGCCGCACAAGCCAUGCACAUGACAUUAUUAUCGUUAAUUAACAAUCCGGUUGCUUACCGUCGGCUCCAGCAGGAGAUCGACGAUGCUAUUGCCGCCGGCCUAAUCAGCUCCCCCAUAGCCAAUGCCGAGGCCCUCAAACUUCCAUAUCUCCAAGCGGUUAUCCGCGAAGGUCUGCGUUUUUACCCUCCUGUCACUGGCCUCGGCUUCAAGCAAGCCCCUGAGGGCGGGGACGUCCUGAACGGCUACUUCGUUCCUGGCGGCACGCAGAUCGGACACAAUUUCUUCGGCGUCGGACGCUCACUCUGGGUAUGGGGUCCAGAUGCCGACGUCUUCCGCCCAGAGAGAUGGCUUUCGGCAAAUGAGGAUGAUCUGAUGCGAAUGAAUGCCGCUGUUGAUUCUCACUUUGGCCACGGAAAGUACUCUUGCCUCGGGAAACCGAUCGCUAUGAUGGAGUUGAAUAAGGUCUUUGUCGAGCUGUUAAGGAGAUAUGACUUCACCGUCAUGAACCCAGAAAAGCCAAUCAAGACCCUCAGUGCGAUCUUUUUUGUCGCCAGGGACUUUUGGGUGAGGCUGACCAGGCGUCCAGCGACGGAAUAG